AUCUGGCAACACUGAUUGGGUUCAGAGGAGAUCAUGUAAGGUUAAGUUCAAAGAGCAGAGUGUUACCAAACCCUGAUAAAUAACAACCUUUCUGUCAGACUCCCAUCUCAGUGUGCGUGUUCCGAUCAAGAGGAGCGUGUGUUUGAUCCAGCAUCAGAGAUACAAUUGUGUCGUUUCAUAAUGGCAGAAAGAGAAAAGGCGACUGAUCAGAUGAAACUAUGGAAGGAGGGACGCGGAUCUCAGCGGCCGCACACCAUGACAACUGGAGCCGGGGUCCCGAUAGGGGAUAAAUUAAACCUGAUGACCGCGGGUCCACGUGGGCCACUGCUGGUUCAGGACGUGGUGUUUACUGAUGAAAUGGCCCACUUUGACCGAGAGCGGAUACCAGAGAGAGUUGUGCAUGCUAAAGGAGCAGGAGCCUUUGGAUUCUUCGAGGUGACCCAUGACAUCACACGUUAUUGCAAAGCCAAACUGUUUGAGCAUGUGGGAAAAAAGACACCCAUCGCUGUUCGCUUUUCCACUGUGGCUGGGGAGUCUGGGUCAGCAGAUACUGUGCGAGAUCCUCGAGGAUUUGCUGUCAAAUUUUACACUGACGAAGGGAACUGGGACCUCACAGGAAACAACACCCCCAUCUUCUUUAUCAGGGAUGCACUUCUGUUUCCGUCCUUCAUCCACACUCAAAAGCGGAAUCCACAAACUCACCUGAAAGAUCCGGAUAUGGUUUGGGAUUUCUGGAGUCUGCGUCCAGAAUCUUUACAUCAGGUGUCUUUUCUGUUUAGUGACCGUGGAAUUCCGGAUGGCUACCGCCAUAUGAACGGAUACGGAUCGCACACCUUCAAACUGGUUAACUCUGAGGGGCAGCCUGUCUACUGCAAAUUCCACUACAAGACUGACCAGGGCAUUAAGAAUUUGACUAUUGAAGAGGCGGAUCGUUUGGCUUUCAAUGACCCAGAUUACUCCAUCAGAGACCUUUUCAAUGCCAUCGCAAACGACAACUUCCCAUCAUGGACUUUCUACAUUCAGGUCAUGACCUUUGAGCAGGCGGAGAACUGGCAGUGGAAUCCCUUUGAUCUGACUAAGGUCUGGUCUCAUAAGGACUUCCCUCUGAUUCCUGUUGGCCGUAUGGUGUUGAACAGAAACCCAGUCAACUAUUUUGCUGAGGUUGAGCAGCUCGCGUUUGAUCCCAGUAACAUGCCGCCCGGUAUCGAGCCCAGCCCAGACAAGAUGCUGCAGGGGCGUCUUUUCUCCUACCCGGACACACAGAGGCACCGGCUCGGAGCUAAUUACCUCCAGCUGCCCGUUAAUUGCCCCUUCAGCACCCGUGUGUCAAACUACCAGAGAGAUGGCCCCAUGUGCAUGUAUGACAACCAGGGGGGAGCUCCUAACUAUUACCCCAACAGCUUCAGUGCCCCCGAGAUCCAGCCACGCUUCGUCGAGUCCAAGUUUAAAGUGUCUCCUGAUGUGGCCAGAUACAACAGCGCAGACGAUGACAAUGUGACUCAGGUGCGCACGUUCUUCACUCAGGUGUUGAAUGAAGCCGAAAGAGAGCGCCUCUGUCAGAAUAUGGCCGGUCACCUUAAAGGAGCUCAGCUGUUUAUUCAGAAACGCAUGGUGCAGACCUUGAUGGACGUUCACCCAGAUUACGGAUCCCGUGUUCAAAAGCACCUGGAUAAAUACAAUGCAGAGGGGAAGAAGAACACCAUUCAUGUUUAUUCUCAAGGUGGAGCUUCUGCUCUGGCUGCAGCUUCUAAGAUGUGAUUUCAAAGGGCCGCACCUCUGGUCACACUUAACAGAUACACGUGCUCAACAACACUAACAUGCAUACGAGUGUCUAAUGUUCUCUGAAAUUCUUGUGUAAUGAUUUAUUCAUUCCUUGCUGUAGAGAUACAGAUGGCAUAUAAUAUGGACAAUUCAUAAUUGGUGUAAGUAGGUUAUACAAUAAGUUCUCAAUGCAUCAUGAAUUUAGCUACAUAAUUGUCAUGGCAUAUAACCUUUAAGAGGCCUUCAAUGCAUACAUAAAUAUGAGCUAAUCUAAAAUGAAUCGGCUAUUGCCUGUUUCAGGAUUUUGUGACAUGUAGAACACCCCUAAAGAGAAAAAUGCUGUGUGAGCCUUAGUUUGCAUUUUGUUUUCUUGGCUACCAAUACAGUUUAAAGCUGAUAAUGUGAAAUUAACUCCGUCCCUUUUGCCUUAACUGAAUACAAUUCAGUUCUUAUAACAAGAAUGUGAAGUCUUGUCAUUUUGUAAUCAAUAAAGCAGAUUAUUUGAUCUCCUUGACUGAUUU